CCUUUGCACCAGACUCUCCACACCAAUUUUCUUCUUUCGUUAAUUCUUUUUCAUCUAUGGCUACUCACAGAAGGAUAGCCUUCAUUGUCCUUGUGGCCGGAAUUCUGGCCGGGCUUCCGCCGGAAGCUGUAGUGGGUCAGAACUGUGGUUGUGACCCAAACCUCUGCUGUAGCCAAUGGGGAUAUUGUGGUACAGGGUCCGAUUACUGUGGUGCUGGAUGCCAAGCGGGUCCUUGCGACAGUGGUAGUGGCGGUGUUUCAGUGGCUGACGUCGUGACACAGAGCUUCUUUGACGGGAUAAUUAAUCAGGCAGACUCCGGUUGCGCUGGCAAGAGUUUUUACACCAGGGAUGCUUUCCUUAACGCUCUUAAUUCCUAUCCUAGCUUUGGCCAAGAUGGGACCUCCGAUGUCUCGAAGCGUGAAAUCGCAGCCUUCUUUGCCCAUGUCACGCAUGAGACUGGACACUUCUGCUACAUAGAAGAGAUUGAUGGUGCGUCGAAGGAUUACUGCGACGAGACGAAUACACAGUACCCAUGCGUUCCAGGAAAAGGGUAUUACGGCCGUGGGCCGAUUCAACUAUCGUGGAAUUACAACUACGGGGCUGCCGGAAACGAUAUCGGAUUCGACGGGCUGAAUUAUCCGGAGACGGUGGCCAAUGACGUCGUGGUGUCUUUCAAGACAGCCUUCUGGUUUUGGAUGAACAAUGUCCAUUCGAUUAUGACUUCCGGACAAGGGUUCGGCGCAACGAUCCGAGCCAUCAAUGGAAUGGAAUGUGAUGGCGGAAACCCAGAUGCUGUUCAGGCUCGCGUUGGGUAUUACACAGACUACUGUAAUCAAUUUGGUGUGUCAACGGGUGACAACCUUUCUUGCUAGAAUCACUGUAAUUCUCUUCAUGAAAUAAAAGGAUACAAUUGACAGAGUUGUAUCUGACUA